GUGGCUUUGUGCAGCAGCAAGCACGUACACGUGCGGCAAGCGCAGCAAGCAGUGCGAGCGGACGACCGCGCAGCGCUGCGUCGCUGAAUCUCGCGCCGCCGCCGCAACCUGACAGCCCACUACUGCAAAAAUGACAAGCAGCACACCAGCAUAGCGAUGCCGCGCGUAGCGAUGCCGCACGUAGCGCUAGUCAUUGCGCUGCUCCUGCUGCGGCCGGUGAGCCCGCUCAAAAAGACGCCCACGAAAGCCCAGCAGGACGAUCGCCUGCGACCGCUCGACGGCUCGUGUUUCGCGUUCGCGCGGGCGGGCGAGUUCUGGGGCUACGAGUGGUGUCAUAGGAGGUGGGUCAAGCAGUUCCAGGCGGCCUGGGCCGUGCCGCCCGGUGAACGACGGCAGGAGACGACGGUCGGCACGUUUUCGCCGGCGCUCACGGCGCGGUUGCGGGGCAACGUGACGGAGCACGCCUUUUCUGAUGGGGAGCGGUGCGGUAGAAGAGGCACGAAGCGCCGAGCGACGGUGCGGUUACGGUGUUGUUCUGAAAGACGCGGCGAAGGGAGUAGUGGCCGCAAUGUAUACAUUUCUGAUGUAAAUGAACCGGCGACCUGCGCCUAUGUCGUGGAAGUAUGUGCGCGCUUAGCUUGUGAGACGCCUGAAGAGAGAAGAAAGUUUGGCGGCGGCGAUCAGAUCGGAAGAGGCCCCAUGUCACUCGAGCUGAGACAGUCCUACAAGCAGCGAGCCAAGGCCUUGUUUGAGAGAGGCUACGACGCUUAUGUGAGGCAUGCCGAGCCCGAGGGGGAACUACGCCCUAGAAGUUGUAGUGGUGGUCCAUUCGAUUUGGUCAAACUCCCACUAGUGACAUUGGUGGACUCGCUCGAUGCUCUAGCAAUCAUGGGCAAUUCCACCGAAUUUCAGAGUGCUACCCAGCGUAUAUGGCAGGGCUUCCCUGACAAGUUCAAUUUCGACGUCAACGUCUCUGUGUUCGAAACUACCAUACGAGUCCUCGGUGGUUUGUUGAGCGGCCACUUGUUGGCUGUGGAUGCGUCGUUGAACCUCACGACAGAGUAUGACGGGGAAUUAUUAGCUUUGGCGUUAGAUCUGGGUGAACGACUAGCGCCGGCGUUCGAGACUCCUACUAGUAUACCCUACGGUACGGUGAAUCUGAGGUACGGCAUACCGCGAGGCGAGACUCCUGUCGCUUCAUUAGCCGGUGCCGGGUCUCUCUCCAUCGAGUUUGGCGUGCUCAGUGCGUUGACGGGAGACGGGUCCUUCUCUGCCAAAGCUUCUGCCGCAUCCAGAGCGUUGUAUGAACGAAGAUCGCCCCAGAACCUGUUCGGCAAGCACAUCAACGUCCGAUCGGGCAAGUGGGUCGAAUCACUGUCAGGUGUCGGUUCGAACAGCGAUAGCUUCUACGAAUAUUUACUAAAAUCCUACGUCCUCUUCCAGGACCACGAUAGUUACAGGAUGUUCGAGGAGGCCUAUUCUGCGAUAGACAGUACGACGCGGCAGGGCGACUGGUUCGCGGACGUCGACAUGCACGGCGGCAAGCCGCGGCGCCAGCACUUCGAGAACUUGCAGGCCUUCUGGCCCGGUUUGCAAGUUUUAUCUGGUGAUCUGGAACUGGCGUCACGAUCCUUAAACGCCUUCUGGACGAUCUGGAGCGACUGGGGCGCCCUCCCUGAAGAGUACGACUUCGCGCGUAGACGAUUAGUAGCUACUCGUACUGGUUUGAGGUAUCCGUUGCGCCCGGAGUUGAUCGAAGCGACGUACUUCAUGCAUCGAGCUACACAAGACGAUUCGUGGUUGUGGGCGGCGUCUCGAGUGUUUGAGGCCCUAGAGGACGUCGCCGAGGGAGCCAGGUGCGGCGCCGCGUCCUUCGCGAAUGCCGCCACCCAUGCGUUGGAGGACGAGAUGCCGUCGUUUUACUUAGCGGAGACGGUCAAGUACCUCUACUUAUUGUUUGAUGAGGACAAUUUCAUUUCCAAGAGGCCUUACGUCUUUUCUACGGAAGCCCACCCCUUCGACGCCGAGCAGAUCAAGCGAUUAACAAGGGCGCCUCGACUCGUCGAGACGAUGGCCCCGCCCCCGGUGAAGAAUGAAUCGACCUUAGCGGCUCUCUGGCGGCGGCUGCGGGCGACUACCACCACACGACCAGCUCUCCGGAAGAAGCACUGGCGACGACGUGAACAACCGAGAGAGCCUACGGUUCCCGUCUCGUCUCGCUGUCAACAUUGGCCCUGGUGGUACGACCUGGGUUACUCUUCUACUUUUGAGCCGUCGCUCGCGUCGACCGUACCCUCGACCUUAUCUGAUAGAAAACGUACGGUGGCACCGAGAUGCUAUGCGAACGAAGCACCGGACGACGACGACGAGGAGGAGGACGAGGUCGAAGAGGACGAGACGCCGCCACCAUCACGCGCCCGAGCGGCUCGCAGACGAGGCGACGAGGAGCCGCGGCGAGGGAGAGCUCAAGUCGACGGUCUCGGAUCUUUUGAUGUGGAGGUCUUCAGUGAUGGCUUCCACGUCGGCAACCGCGAGGAUGGGGAGACCCUCGAGGUGUCCAAUGUUGGUAGUAGUAUGAUGCUCGUCACUAGCGCAUCUCGAGGUCGGAAAGACGCGUCGUUGGCCGUGUCAUCUAUUGAUGGAUUGGAGAUUGUGUGUAGUGUUAUACACUCAAAUAGUGUGUAUCCAUGCGUCGUCGCGGCGUUCGGUGCUUCAAUCGCGGAGUCGACCGAAGAUGCUAGUAUUGAGGAACAUGGCACUCUAGCCUUCGACGAGGACGGGUGUUCUUCCGAUGGAGACGUCGACUUCGAGAGUGGCGCUAUACUCCUAGUGAAUAGGGGCGCCUGCACCUUCGAGGCCAAGGCGCGGAACGCGGAAGCGACGGGCGCGUCGGCGCUCAUCGUGGCCAAUUCCGUGCCGGGGCAAGCGCGGUUCUCCAUGGCGCGCGCCGACGACGAACCAACAGAUGAGGAGGUGGGAAUUCCUUGCGUCAUGGUGUCGCACGAGCACGGGGAGGUACUCCUUCGUGGAAGCAGUGAGGACGUCGAGCUGAGUCUGAUGAAGAGACCGGUGACGCCGGUCGACGGCUUCGGCGUGGCCGUGGAUCCUGGGAAGAGUGUGCACGUCUCGGGGCGAGGCCGGUGGGGCGUGUUUCUGGACGCCAAGGCCGGUUCGUCAGACGCGUGGCAGCUCUACAUCGUCAAGACGGCCGAGGCGGCUCGAGCCGUCGAGAACGAGACCCUGUGUUUCCCGAAACUUACAAGAGGGUGCGACGCGUACGUGUUUUCCGAAAAUGAGUCUGUUAGGUUGGACUUCCAGGGGACGGUGCAAGCCUCGAAAUGUCGGUGCCCGGCGAAUUCGUCUUGCGGCUCUUUCGGGUAAUUAAUCUUAGUGUGA